UCCACAAAUAUUUUCAUCCUAAACCCAAAAAAAGAAUUCUUGUUUAUCAUUUUCCAAGUGAAUCUAUGUUAACCAAGAACUUUAAACAAAACUAGAUGUUUAAUUAUUUACCAAAAAAAAUUGUUUCCAUAUAUAAUUGUUCUUCGCGAGUAUAUGCGAUGAUGUUAAACCCCAAACCCUAAUUGUGAAACAAAAAGAGAAAAAACAGUGAUUGAGAAUGGAGAUGGAGAAGAAUAGCAGCAGCAACACGAACAUAUGGAGUCAUUUAGAUUUGCUGAUGCGUGCGAAAUCAAAAGAAUCACUAGAAUACAUUCUUCAAGCCCUCUGGAGAACUCGCAACACCGGCCUCGACGCCACUGAUCGUCGCCUCUUUUGCGAAAUUCUCGAUUCGCUCCCCGAUUCUCAGCUCGAUCCUCUUUUAGUUUGCCUGCGAAUGUUGAUUAGGCAAUGUGUUCAAGAGAAUGUUAGUAAGGAUGAGAUUCACAAAUUGUUUCCAGCUGAAGUCUCGAUUGAAAUGCAGAGGCUUUUGACACUUCUUCUGCAGAAGUUCCACAGUGAGUGGCGGGAAGAUAUUCAAAAAGAUCGGAGUACUUUGCCCAGAUAUAAAAACAUGUCAUGGAAAAUGGAGAAUCAGGGUGACGAACUGAUGGAGCCUCGUGCAGUUAUUAAUUUGAAGCUUCAAAGUAAUGUGCUUACACAAACAAAGGAAACAAAUGUGGCGUUCCAGCUAGCUAAAGACAAUUUAAACACGAUGAUGCAGUCAAUGUACUCCAUAAGAGACCAGUUGUCUGACGCUGGAGGAAUGCCACAUGAACCUCUACAGCAGCCAACAGAUAUGGUUUAGUAGUUAUACAUACCUCUACCACAAUGUGACCAGUGUCCUCAAAUGCUUUCUGCCUUGUAGCACUGCUCUAUGAACUGGGAAAUUGGAGGAGAAUGAAACUGUAGCUCUGAUUUGCAGAAUCGCAUCACAGGAAAAUGUCAUGCAUAUGUUUAUCAUAACUACACCCUUAGUUGUGAAAGCCUUUUAAAUCCCCCAUUUCACUUUUUACAGCAUUAGGAUUAUUUCUUUACCUUCUUUUUCAUGAAGCACUAUGUAGAUUCCAGUCAAUUCUGAUUUACUGUGUGGCCCAUAUUUAAGAUGCUGGUAACUGAAAAUUUGCAAGGUAACAGAGCAAUGGGAGAGAGCCAUUAAAUUGUACCUGAUUUAGUUGUCAUUUCUAAUACCUAGCAUCACCAAUCAGAGUAAUGCAGUACAAAAAUGUGACAGUGUCCCCAAUUUAUAGAAUUUUCGAGUCCGACACUCGGGCACUUUGAUAUAUGUCACGUCCCACACUCGUACCCGAGUCGGAGUAAAAUAGGUUUUUUGCAAUAAAUGAUGUUUAUCUAUUUGAUCAAGGUUAAUGAUACUUGAUCAAGGUUCGUUAAUCAAUUUGUCCAAUGUUGAUGAUACUCUAUCAAAGUUUUCCUAGAAGAGGUACUUCUGAACAAACAUCAAGGUGAUUGAAUGAUGAAGCCAGUAGUCCACGGUUCGGGUUAUUUAUGAUUCUAAAAGUCAUAGAUGGCACAAGAGUGUAAUGGUUUUUCAGUUUAUGAAAAUAUGUUGAAGCCGUUUAGCUGAAAGGCGCAUAGGGACAUCUCAUCACAUAUGUACAAUACUAUGUACACGUCGAUUGUGAAAAGGAUAGUAACUGUAGAUUCUUGUAGGUAUGGUUUUAUUUACUUUAUGUAUUGGACAUGUUCUUCUACAAAAGUUGCUUGUGCCUUAUAAAAUCUGUAGAAGAUUAUCUCAAUAUAUCAGGCUUGACAUGGCAGAUAGUAGCCAGCAACUAAAGAACGUGUGAGACUCAUAAUUUGAGAUAUCUUUUGAUAAGGCAUGUUUGCUUAAACUUGUUUUAGAUAUCUUUUGAUAAGACAUGUUUGAGUAGCAAGUUGUGUCGAGAUACCUUUUGAUAAGGCAUGUUUGAGUAGCAAGUUGUUUGAGAGAUUUUUUUUGAAAAGGCAUUAAUUUUUCUUGCUUGUAAGUAGAGAUUAAGAUCAUAAGAUGUUAUAUGUUCUCAUAUCGGUUAGUGAAUACGUAUGUUGCUGUAACUGUUUAUUUAGGUAGCACAACUGCGCUUAAUCCUGUUGCACAGGCAUCUUCGUUUCUUCUCUACAAAAGAAAUGGACGUUUUUGAGGAUAAAAGAAUAUGAACUUGCUUGCAGUGCAGUUUCCGGUCUUACUUUCUGUAAUUGUAGUGUUAGCCUGUUAGGGCAGAAAUUACUAUUGUUUCUGUUUUGUUAUUCAUCUCCAGUUGCUUCAUGUUAAGACAUGGAGUGCCCUCAUAUGAGGUAUCAGUGAUCAUAUUAUUCCAUAACUAAAAUUUUACUGUGAAAAAUCUUCAAACAGGUUGCCGUAAAACCAUCUACAUCCGAGGUUCGGUUUCCUGAUGGAAGAUUGCUGUGGCCUAAAUAUUACUUUGGUUUCUUAUGAAUGUGAAGAUAUCCUGCUCUGGAAAAGUCGUUGUCUCUUUUUACAUGGUUGAAUUUCUCAGACUCCUGAAAUUGUCUUCGAAGCUCUGUAAUAAAUAGUUAGAGGGUAAAUUAAAAAAAUAGUUUUAAAGCAAAAAAUAUACCUCAAAAAUGUCCAUUUCUUUAGAAAAAAAAGAAAUGUACAUUGGUAACUGUAAAUAAAUAGUUAGAGGGUAAAUAAAAAGUUUAUUUUUGCUUUAGACAAUGAAGAACAUUCAUUCA